AACGCUGAAUUUCUGCACACGGAAUUGUGGGAAAAACAAUGUCGGCCCCCGGUAAAAAGAAAUCGGUUCUGUUUUUCUGCCUCGGUAACAUAUGCCGAUCAACGAUGGCAGAAGGGAUAAUGAGACAUCUCGUACAACAGAAAGGUGAAGCUGAACAGUGGCUUAUUGACAGUGCUGGUAUCGGGGACUGGUUCAUUGGUAGUGCACCCCAUGAGUACACCAUGAAGAUUCUCAAGAAGAACGGCAUCGUGGGAUACAAACAUACAGGAAGACAGAUAAAACGAGAAGAUUUUAAUACGUUUGACUACAUCUUUGGGAUGGAUCAUGACAACCUCAGUGAUGUUGAAAGUUUUAAACCGAAAUCUCCGUUCAGUGCUAAACUCAAGUUGUUAGGGGAAUACGAUCCAGAGAAGCAACUUGUUAUAGUUGACCCUUAUUUUGCUGGUACCAUUGAUGGAUUUGAACAAGUAUAUGAACAAUGUUACCGAUGUUGUAAGAACUUUCUGGAGUCUUACGACAAAUAGUGUCAACCACAUCCUGCUGCAGGGCAUUCACAAACUGUUUUUAAUCCUUUGUAUUUGACAGACUGCACCCAAUAGCCGGUGUGUUUUACAUGCUGGGAUGUCGUUAAACAUAUGUUCAUGGACCGACUGUGCCAAAUGUGUCAUGAAUAUGCAAAAUUUGACUAAUUUGUCUUAAAAUGUCAUGACAAAUUCUUUUUGAUUUUGGUGAAUUGUACUCUCUGAAUGAUCCAAGAGUGAUCAUUUGAUAAUACUGGACCUAUGUUUGGCCUCAUCAAGGCCCCCUGAGAUAAUUUUGUGUCAAGAAUGAAAGACAAUAUCCAAUCCUGUGUCCACAUAUCACAUUCUACUAAGAGAAGCAUAAAAGUCUUUAGACAUUGGAUGAAAACAUCAAGAUCCCAGUUUAUGCUUUAACUUUAAUGGAAUUUCCUACCAAAUACACUUUGAAUCGGUCAAAUUCCUGUCUUCAUAUAGAUAUAUAUAUAUAUAUAUAAUUAUUAACUUUAAGCUGCUACAUGAUUUCCUGUAUUCUGAUUGGAUGACGUUGUUUAAAAUCUGGAUGUUAUCCUUUAAUAAAUCUCAGAAAAUGACGUCAGAUGAGACAUCGCUACAUAAAAAGUGUCAUUGACAGGACGUUCGAAACUGAUUUAUGUGUAUUUUUAACUAAAUAAGCUGUGUUGUUUGUAAUUACAAAAAUUGUUGGUCAUUUUUUGUGAAUUUAUCAAUGUAUAAGUGAAAGAUUUAGUAUAAAAUCGUUUCACUAAGCUAUGCAAUUUUAUACUAUUUGUGACUGUUAUACAUCGAUAAAUUAACAAAAAAGUACAGACCGUUCUUAUCAAGAUUUCCUUUGAAAACUUUGUCGUUUACCAACCCUGAGGAUUAACAGAUGUGUCUGUUUUAAGUACCCAACUAAUCUUACUAUAGUAAUAAUAACAAUCAUUCUGACCGUGCAAUAAAAAAAUUAUUUUAUUGAAAAUAUGUUCACUUCGAAUGAUGUCAUGUCCCUGGCCAGGAUGCUCAACAUUCUGUCAAUUUCAGAACAUUCGACUAACUGUCCAGCAAAGAAAAGCUGUGUCAUUUAAUUAAACCUUUGUUAAUCAUAAUACACAAAGAUGAUAUGAAAUAAGUACUGAACCACAAACCAGUUGUUUUCCAUGUUAUUUAUUACUCCAUAGUGUGCAAGAUUUAUACCACUCAACCGAAAUAAUAUUGUGCACUAUAAACUCGUUCAAUAAACAACAUGGGUAAACAAUUGGUAUGAGGGUCAGUAUGUUUAUAUGUGCAAUACCAUAGUUUGAAAUCUUGAUGGUAAUUGUUAAUAAAUCUUAAUUAUUUUUUUUUGUGGACAUCCUGUGUUAAUUUGUUACAAUUCAAAAGGGUAAAACAAUCUGUGUUUAAAUAAUAUAUAUUUUUAGAAAAAUAAAUAUACACAUUUACAAA